AUGGUAAAAAGUGUACCUGGAGAUGAAAGUGCACCUGGAGAUGAAAAAAAAACUACUUUACUUUUUUCCUUUGAAAAUAUUUGCCUACUUUUUUCCUACUCCAACCUACCCUACUCCAACCUACCCUACUCCAACCUACCCUACUCCAACCAACCCUACUCCAACCUACCCUACUCCAACCUACCUUACUCCAACCUACCCUACUCCAACCAACCCUACUCCAACCUACCCUACUCCAACCUACCCUACUCCAACCUACCCUACUCCAACCUACCCUACUCCAACCUACCCUACUCCAAACAACUCUACUCCAACCUACCCUACUCCAACCUACCUUACUCCAACCUACCCUACUCCAACAUACCAUACUGCAACCUACCCUACUCCAACCUAUCCUACUCCAACCUACCCUACUGCAACCUAUCCUACUCCAACCUACCCUACUCCAACCCACCCUACUCCAACCUACCCUACUCCAACCAACCCUACUCCAACCUCCUCUAA